AAAGAAGGUUUGUACACAAACAUAGAAGAGGAUUCUUUACGGAUUCUGCCAUUUACUGGAUUGGACCUACAGUGUAGAAUGCCGGUGCUGAACAUCGUUGGGCUCGCCUGCUCCGUUCUCAGCUUCGUUCUCCUGCUCACUGGCGCCCUCACUGACUUUUGGUUGGUGAAUUUUGGCUCAGACUUGUUCCAUAUGGGACUGUGGCAAAGUUGUACCAAAAACAUAUGUUUUAAAGUGACGGCGAGCGGUUACCUUAAUGCCACCAGAGGGCUCAUCAUUCUCUCCUCCUCGCUUCUCAUCUUCGGAAUGAUAUUUUCCUGCCUUACAUUUGUCAAGUUUCACAUAGGAAGACUCAGUGCCUGCCUCGCCUCUGCUGUCCUGGAAAGCUUGUCAGCUGUUUUUCUUCUCAUUGGGAUGUCCAUCUACACUUCUAAGACAGCCUCUGCGGUCCUCAACAGUUCUCAAAACUACCAGUGGUCCUUCUACCUGUGCUGGGGCGCCGAGGUGCUGCUCAUCCUUUCAGGGAUCUGUCACUUUCUGGCUCAUCGAUCGACGCCAUUACCUGGGUACGAGUCGGUGUAGACGCUGGUAUCGUCCUUCCUUCACCAUUGUGCUCCUUCUCGUCAUCAGCACUCUCAUCAUCUUCAGCAGUAUUCCCACCAUCCUCUACAGUCUGGUCAUCAUCCCCUUUGCUCUCCCCCUUUAGUAACUUCAGACAUGCUGUGCGGCAAACCACCACCCCUGACUCCAGCAAUUAACAGUCAUGAGAUAAGUGGCUGCCUGGCACCAUGGGCGCUACUUAUCCCAUGAUACAAUACAAACCAGUGUGCAGAACGGGCUGGCAUCCAGUUCCCAGACUGGCAGUAGAUCUUCUGGCAAGCUGAGGUGAAGCGUCUAACAUAGGGCCAUAAAGGAAGGUCCCUUUAAGGGACAAUAUUGGGCAAUAGCGGGGG